AUGGGGGAUCGCAGCUGCGGCUCCAGCAUCCUUCGCUGCUGCGUGGCGAAGCCCAUGCUCCGUUCUUUGCAGCCGCAGACUUGGAAGCUCGGUUACCGCACUUCGCAGGUUUACUGGGAAGAGUUUCAGACCCGGGAGGAGGCAGAGGGUCGCUACCAGGAGCUCUGGUGGUCCAAAGUGCUGAUGAACCCGGAAGGCGACGUGCUGCGGUGCUCAAGCGGCAUUUUAGAUCCGAAAGGCGUCGGCGUGGCGGCGCUGCUUCUGUCCGCAAGACGGGGCUUUGGCGAUGUGGAGUCCUCGCUUCCUGCCUUGGAGAAGGGAGAUGUGGCUUUCAUCCCGGCCGAUCGGUUGCCAGGUACUUCCCAGGCAUUGCAGCUCAUCUGGGACAGAGUUGCCUCAAGGAGCUCCAUCAGCUGGUUCGGUUCUCGCGUUUCGGUGGAUUCCCUCUGCUACUUCGACGUCGCGAAGCAUCCCGGGGUCCGGGGCUACGUGGCGCUGACCAUUGAUGAUGCUCCAUGUCGGCUGGGCCCCAAGAACUCCAUGCUGCCUGAGAUCCGAAAGCUUCUCAAAGAGCACCAGGCAAAGGCCACCUUCAUGCUCCUGGGGAAGUUCGUUCCGCAGCAUGAGGAGGGGCUGCUCGAGCUUCUGCGCGAGGGACACGAGCUGGGGAACCAUGGCCUCGUGGACAAGAGCUACCGGGCCUCAUCUCCCAAAGAGUUUGAGGAUGCUGUGGAGGAGUGCACCAGGCGGAUCACCGACUUGCACCGUCGUGCUGGCGUUUCUUCGGCGUUCCCUUGGUUCCGGCCUCCCCAUGGGCAGUUGAGUGCUGUUAUGGCCAAGAUCGUGGAGCAGAAGGCUUUGAGAAUUCUUAUGUGCGAUACCUAUGCAUGUUGCCCGGUAAUUCAGGACGGUGAUUUCAUCGGCCGCUUCCUUGGAAAGCAGGCCGAGCAUGGCUCCAUCAUGUUGAUCCACAUGCCAGAGCAUGGCUUCCGAGAGUGGUGUCUGCUCGGCCUUCAGACGCUCCUCAAGCAUCUGAAGGAGCGCAACAUGAAGGUGGUCACUGCUGGGAAGCUGGCAGAGCUCGCUGGAUGGAGUCCGGAGCUUGUGGGCCGCCGGUGCAAGCUCGCAUUGUAA